AUGGUCAACGUUCUUAUGGUCUUCACGUCCUGCGACACGACCCUUACGGGCAAGCCUGCGGGUUGGUAUCUUCCUGAGGCAGCGCACCCUUACUACUCCUUCGUCGAUGCGGGCUUCAAUGUCGACUUCGCCGCGCCGAAGGGUCCCAACCCGCCCGUCAACGACUACUCAGUCGAGGCGUACACGGACGAGGAAUGCAAGCGCUUCCUGAAAGACGACGUGUCUGUCAAGAAGCUUGCGACCGCCACUGCCCUUAAGGACGUCGACCACUCAAAGUACGACGCCAUCUUCUACGUCGGAGGUGUCGGUCCCGUCUUCGACCUCCCGGAUGAUCCCGUGAACAUUGCUCUUGCCAACGAGUUCUGGCGUUCGGGUAGGAUCGUUUCUGCGGUCUGCCAUGGUCCGGCGGCUCUCGUCAAUGUGACGGACGCGGAUGGCAAGAACAUCUACGCCGAACGUGUCGCCACUGCCUUCUCCGACGUUGAGGAAGCAGCGCUCAACUUCACGGCUGACGUGCCUUUUGCUGUCGAGACACGCAUCAGGGAACGCGGUGGAAAGUACGAAAAGGCGCCGGAGAACUUCGGUGUCAAGGUGUGCAUUGAUGGGAAGCUCUAUACUGGACAGAACCCGGCAUCGGCAAAGGCGCUCGGAGAUGCGAUAGCUAAGGCACUCAAAGCGUGA